GGAUAUACUCUACGCGCCUUGGUUUUAGCAUUUCUAUAUUUUAAUUAGACAGUUCUGAGUUUUAAAUCAAUUCGAAUGAACAGAAUUUCAUUGAAAGUGUGAUAUGGCGCUUGUCAGCAACAAACUUUACAAAUGCAGCUUUUGCUCUAAUAUAUGCAGUAAUGGAUUUCCUCACGCGCUAGUCUCCUCUCGUCUGAAACAUAAGCUGGAAAUUAUCCUGCAGAAGUUGGGCAGUUUCACAUCCCAGUUGAGCAGCUAUCCUACGUGUGACAAAUGUCGCCAAGAGUUCAUAAACGUUCACAACAUUCCCGAGAGCUGCUUCCAAAUUUUGCCCAGCGCCGAACCAACUGAGAUCAAGAUGGAUCCAGAGUUAAUUAUUGAUGAGCACGAGCCGUCGGACAAUGAUAACAUUUUUGAGAUAGACCGGAUAGCGGAAUUUGGGCCAAUUGAACAGAAAACCGAAGUGCAAAUCAAGGGAGAAAACGGAGAGGUAUUCUUCAUCAGCGAAAUGGACGAAGAAGACAAUAAUACAUCUAUGAAUCCGGUUGACACAACAAAUGCACAAGGAAAAAGUGUUUUGGAUGCUUCACAGGAAGGAGCUCGUUUAUCUUCAGUUGACCAUAAAUCUUUUGUUUGUAAAAAAGGGUCCGCGGAUGAAGGAUUGAUGAAAGUACACAUACGUUUACACACUGGCGAGAUGUUUAAAUGUGGAGACUGUGGAAAAGCAUUUAACGCAAAAUACAGGCUCCAACGGCACAUUCGAACCCAUACAGGUGAACGUCCCUAUAAUUGUCCACAUUGUCCAAAAGCGUUCAGCGAUCCUACAACGCUCCAACAGCACAUUCGAACUCAUACGGGUCAACGUCCCUAUCCGUGUACACAUUGUUCGAAAGCGUUUACGCAUCCUAGUACGCUCCAGAAGCACAUUCGAAUUCACACGGGUGAACGUCCAUAUGCUUGUCCACACUGUCCAAACGCUUUUAAGGAUCCUACAACGCUCCAACAGCACAUUCGAACGCAUACGGGCGAACGCCCUUAUUCAUGUCCACAUUGUCCCAAAACGUUUACGCUAUCUACAACGAUGAAAACACACAUCCGAACACACACCAAGGAAGUUUCGUACGUUUGCGAGUACUGUAAUCGUGGAUUUACGCAGUCCUACAACCUCACCCUUCACCUUCGCAGCCAACACAAUCAAAUAAAAAUUUUUAGGGGCCGCGAGGUUGGGGCAGCAAAAAUGCAUGCUUGCCCUAAUUGUGGUCAAGAGUUUAAAAGUAAACGGAGACUAUUACACCACAUGAACAGAAAGCACAAUCAAUCCGGUAAAGAUACAGACGGCUCGGGGCAUGAAACACUGAUGACCGUGAAGGAAGAAUUAACCGGAUGCUGAAGAAUUCCUUUGUCACUGUGAUUGAAUAAUAAAGCGAGUGACUCACGCAGAGUUAUAUUUUCAAGAAUUUA